CUCUGGUGAGAUGGGAUUCCCAGGAAUGGCUGGCCUCUUCGGACCCAAGGGCCCCCCAGGAGACAUCGGCUUCAAAGGCAUCCAGGGCCCUCGGGGGCCUCCUGGCUUGAUGGGGAAGGAAGGCAUCAUUGGGCCCCUAGGAAUCCUGGGACCUUCAGGACGCCAGGGUCCGAAGGGCGACAAAGGCAGGCGAGGGGACUUGGGAUUGCAAGGUCCGAGGGGUCCUCCCGGUCCCAGAGGGCAGCCCGGCCCGCCGGGUCCUCCAGGGAGCCCUAUUCACUUUCAACAAGAUGACCUUGGGGCAGCUUUCCAGACGUGGAUGGACGCUAGUGGAGCACUGAGAGCAGAGGGUUACAGCCAUCCGGACCGGCUGGUGCUGGACCAGGGAGGGGAGAUCUUUAAAACCUUACACUACCUCAGCAACCUCAUCCAGAGCAUUAAGACGCCCCUGGGCACCAAAGAGAAUCCCGCCCGGGUCUGCCGGGACCUCAUGGACUGUGAACGGAAGAUGGUGGAUGGUACCUACUGGGUGGAUCCAAACCUUGGCUGCUCGUCCGACACCAUCGAAGUCUCCUGCAACUUCACACAUGGUGGACAGACGUGUCUCAAGCCCAUCACGGCCUCCAAGGUGGAGUUUGCCAUUAGCCGGGUCCAGAUGAAUUUUCUGCACCUGCUAAGCUCUGAGGUGACACAGCAAAUCACCAUCCACUGCCUUAACAUGACCGUGUGGCAGGAGGGCACCAGGCAGACCCCAGCUAAGCAGGCUGUGCGCUUCCGGGCCUGGAACGGGCAGAUCUUUGAAGCCGGGGGUCAGUUCAGGCCGGAAGUGUCAAUGGAUGGCUGCAAGGUCCAGGAUGGCCGCUGGCAUCAGACCCUCUUCACCUUCCGGACCCAGGACCCCCAGCAGCUGCCCAUUGUCAGCGUGGACAACCUCCCUCCUGCCUCAUCAGGGAAGCAGUACCGCCUCGAAGUUGGACCUGCGUGCUUCCUCUGACCUCUGACCUCCUGGCUCCUCUCGGCCUCGUGGGGGAGGGAAGAGGAGGAGGAGGCGGCAAAGGGAGGGUACCUAGGGGCAGGUGGGCCCCUAGGAGAGGCAGCUCACCUGCCCAAGGAUCCUUGAGCAGACCCCAGCUGUUGUCUGCCCAGUAGAAGAGGCUGAGGGGUAGCAGGGCACGGGGUAUCCUUGGGAACGACUGAUCCCAGCUCAGCCCCAAAGACCAACCAAAGAGCCAGCCAGAGCAAGCUGGGCCCGCAACCCGCCUGAGCCCCGUGGCCUGUCUCCCAGCUCUGCGGCCACCCCCUUCCAUGCCCAGCUUCCUUCCCAAAGAGCCCCACGUUCCAGCCAGCUUGAGGGAAGGGGGCAUCUCGUCAGCUGGUCCCUGCCAGGGAGCUUUGAUGUGCAAUAUUAGAGAGGAGACGUGAAAAAAGGAGAAAAGGAAAGAAAGAAGUAUAUAUAUUUUAUUUAAACAAACACAAAGAAGGUGCGUUACUAUUUUUUUUUUCACCUGGGAAAGAGGUGAGAAGGUGAGAGAGAGCAGCCAGGGGGUGGGAAGUGAUGGAUGCCUAGAGGGAGAGGUGAGAUCCUCGGGGCUGGGGGUGCCCACGUCUGCUACCUCCCACUGUGAAAUCGCUGGUGCUCACAAUUGUCUCGUAGUGUAUGUGAUUUUUUUAAGGAAAAAAAACCCUAUUUAAGAUUCUGAAGGUGCUACCAGUUUUGCUACAGACUUUGAAGAAACAUUUGGAUGUAGGGUAUCAUCCACGUUUUUCUCUCUCCUCCAAAUGACAAAGUUUGGGGAAUUUAAAAAAUUUUCCUAGCAUCACCCUUGUGCUCAUUGCAUAAUCUGUUAAGGAGGGGG